AUGGGCUUCAUAUCAGAGCCGCGAAAAGCCAAGACCAGAGCUAUGGAAAAUGCUGUCUGGAAGCCUAAAGCAACAAAAAUAGCUCAUCAACCGUCCCCGCCAACUCGACUAGGAAGCUCGGGUCCCGGCGGCGGUAUCUAUCAGAAACAGAAAAAAAUCAGCACCAAGCACCCAGCACCAAGCGCCAACAAGAACAUCCAGCGCACAAAAGUGGAUCCGCCUCCAGAUGUGACUGCUCACAUGAUGAUGAGGAUGAAGACCUGGGACCUGAACUCGAAAAACCUCGAGGAUGUGUCUGCAUUGUCCAAGUCUGACGAGCUUGACUCAGAUGAACAGACUCCAACCUGGCGUGAUCUCGAUAACGCUGUUUCAGAGUCCAUCAAUGAAACUACUACAACUUGCGGGGAUUCAGAACCCUACUCCAGUGACAGCGCCAACCCCAAACUCACCUCUGCUGCACGCCACAGCAUUGCUUCUCUCAUUCGAACGGAGUCUGGUAAGGUAAAGUUGCUCGAUCAGAACCAGGAGACUCGACGAGUAGUGUGGGACGCGAUUGUGGACGCCAAGUGUCACAUUGUCUUUGUUGAUGCCUAUCCUGAACUGAUUGACAAAAACCAAGUCUCACUGCAAUCUUUGCUUACAGUGGCUGGGGAACGUGGCCUACACGCCAUUAAACAAUGUCUUCAAGCGGAUGCGACAUAUGCCGUUCAACUCAGUAGUUUGGUGGAGCCACACAUUCCGAUAUUACGCCGCGAGUUGAAAGAGGUUGCAUGCGCCAACAUCGACAGCUACUUUCGCCUUGGUCACAACGUAGUCAAGGCAAAAAGACUCAUGGAGAAGCACGCAUAUAUAUGCUUUGAAGUUCGAUUUUUCAACGGCGCGAAGUCCAUUGGCGUCAAAUAUGCGGAGCGCUUCAUCAAGAUUGCAAACAACAAGGCCAAUCGCCCCAAAAUACCUGUCCCAUUGCUGGUGCUGGUCGCGACAUCAGUUUACAAUGCCCUCUUUUGGAAAACACUUGGUUCGCCGGGAAAGUUCAAUUUCACGGGGAAUCAAUUCAGUGAAACCUAUGUCUUUCACGUGAAGUUCCUCGAGGACUUGAAGAAGGACGCACCUGGGAAGUUUCACCGCUUGAUGGCCGAUAUUUAUGGAGCUGUACAGGCGUUGAAACGGAAGGGAAAUGAUAAUAUGGCCACCGAGCAUGAAGAUGCACUGGCACUACUCGACCUCGAUGGCAUGGUUGAGGAUUAG